CCUCUGGCCCCGCCCCGCCCCCUCGCGAGUCGCGCGCAGCUUGCGCCUGCGGAACUGCGGAUCGGGUUCCGAGCGGGCUUGGGGCUGUUUCCAUUGAAUGACCAGGAAGGGUGAGGCCCCCGCUGUGGCCCGAAGUUCUCAGUGCCUAGCGUUCCUGCAAAACUGCGGAGAAAUUUCGCUUGAAACCACCAACUGACAAACCCAGUGUCCCUGAGCCUUUCCAGUUUUUCUGGCAGGUUGAUUUUGAGGCGACAUGUCCUCCGCUUCUAUGAAAGAAUGCCUGCAGCUUCAGCUACUGGAAAUGGAAAUGCUGUUUUCUAUGUUUCCUAACCACGGAGAAGUAAAACUUGAGGAUGUAAAUGCCCUAUCGACUAUAAAGAGGUAUUUAGAAGGCACAAGGGAGGCACUGCCACCAAAAAUUGAAUUUGAGAUUACACUCCAGAUUGAGGAGCCUAAGGUGAAAAUUGAUUUGCAAGUAACCAUGCCUCACAGCUACCCCUAUGUAGCACUGCAGCUGUUUGGACGGUCAUCUGAGCUCGACAGACAACAACAGCUUCUCCUCAACAAAAGUCUCACUUCUUACAUAGGGACUUUUGAUCCAGGUGAGCUCUGUGUGUGUGCAGCAAUCCAGUGGUUACAGGACAACAGCGCCUCCUAUUUCCUGAACAGAAAGCUCGUGUACGAACCAUCAACACAGGCAAAGCCGGUCAAGAACACGUUCCUGCGAAUGUGGAUCUACAGCCACCAUAUAUAUCAGCAGGACCUGAGGAAAAAGAUUUUGGAUGUGGGGAAAAGGUUAGAUGUGACUGGAUUUUGCAUGACCGGAAAGCCUGGUAUAAUCUGUGUGGAGGGCUUCAAAGAGCAUUGUGAGGAAUUCUGGCACACUAUUAGGUAUCCCAAUUGGAAACACAUUUCCUGUAAGCAUGCUGAAAGUAUUGAAACCGAAGGAAACGGGGAGGAUCUGCGUCUGUUCCAUUCUUUUGAAGAAUUACUCCUAGAGGCCCAUGGCGACUAUGGAUUAAGGAAUGACUAUCACAUGAAUCUGGGUCAGUUCUUAGAAUUUCUAAAAAAACACAAAAGCGAGCAUGUUUUCCAGAUAUUAUUUGGUAUUGAAAGCAAAAGUUCAGACUCCUAGGAAGCUAUGAAAAGGCCUGUGCUUGUAAUUUCACUAAAGUAGUAUUUCUGUUAAUAAAACCAAACUGAAAGGGCCGGCAGCUGUUUUGUGUCCUCUGUGAGAAACCUAGCUCCCGAAUUUUACCUGGUACUGAAACAUGGGCCUUUUAACUUUGUAACAGUGCAAUCGUGAUGUUACCCUAUGUUCUUGUGUUAACUGAAAACUAUUUAAUUGUAAAUUAAUAAAACAGUCAAUUCAA